CGCAAAAGAACCACGGCCGGGCCAAUGUCCCGAGAAGCGAAGGUGAGGAGGACGCCGGUUCGCUCGCUCAGAAAAUCUUCUCCCCAAAUUGACGAGUAGCUGCAAGAAUCCCCCCUGGUUGCCAUCCUCUUUCAAUCUUUCGCGGAGCAACAUCUCUUUCUGCGAUCCGAUAGGAUCCAUUAGAUGUCUCGGAUACGUAAUGUGGCAGUUGCAAGUGCUCUGUUGGCGUUUGCUGGAGCUGGCCUAGCAUUUCCUUUCUUCUUUGUGAAAUCGAAGAAUAGACCCAUAAUUGACCACUCAAAGCCGCUGCCACCUCAGGCUAACUUCCGAGGACCAUAUAUAAAUACUGGCUCUCGUGACAUCGGGCCCGACACUUCUACAUAUGUCAAAAAAUGACUCAAUUUAUUUCCACAAUAUCCUGCUGUACCCAAAGAACAUGUUUUGUUAGGAACAAUUCCCCCCAAAAAACUCCUCUUAUUCUUGUCAUUUUAUUAUGUCUGUAUAAAUUGCCAAACUGUUGGUCAAGUUUACAUCAGUAACAGUCCUGUACCAGGAACUCUUAAAUCACAAACCAUUGCAAGUACAAUGUGUUCAGGAUUUUGCAGUA